GGGAAAAAAAAUUGACAUUCCUCUCCCACAGCAUCUUUAAAGGGUGUUCUGGUGCGGGUGAAGGUAUGCGCUGCGACUCGGUCAACAGCCUAGGGGGACAUGAACCUGGCUGCCCUUCAGCCCAGGGUUCACAGGGAUCCAGGCAUUUGCUCGAUGACUCCGAGCUGGACCCUCCCCCCCACGACUGCACCUCCCCCCCGUCUCUCACGCGCACCUGGUCAGGCCUGUCAUCAGACUCUGACACCGAGGUUGUGUUUGAGGUGAGCGGCGAAGAGUGUGGCGUCCAAGGCCCUCUAAGACGCAAAACAGUUAUCAAGGAUGGACGCAGACCUGCAGUAGCAGCUUGGCAUCGGUACUGGGUCCAGCUCUGGGGUGGAGCCCUUGUCUACUACCAUCCAAAGAGCUUGACGUCAAGAGGCCAAGAGAGAGCUGACUUCAAAACCUCUCCUUGCAAGCUCCAGCCUCUGGUCGGGCAGGCGGGGAAGCUCGUCCUGGUAGGACCACAGGAUGCCCAAUCCCAGCCUGACGUGUUCCAGCUUUCAGACCCAGCGAAAGCAACUAUAUACAAGUUCCGAGCACCCUCCGUGUCUGCUGCCAAGUCCUGGAUUUCCAACCUUCAGCAGGCUCUGACAGAAAACACUCAGAGACCCCCAGAGAACCUCAUUACUUUCGAGUAACGGUGCAGUUGGUCUGGGAUCAGUGUUUAAGAGAUGUUUGUUUUUCAUGACUGAGGAGGAGGAGGAGGAGGUGUCAAGAAGUUUCACGCACAGGUCCAUACCUCAAGUACUCAGCAAUGCAGACUAGAAAAACUGUCCAUAAGAAUUGGCUGGGGAAAGCUCAAUAUGUGUGUGAUUCAGUGGUUGUAUAGCAUUGAAAUAAAGAGACAGAGGAAACUUAGGAACCUCAUCUGAAAGCCAAAAGAAUAUAACUUGUGUCUAAAGUAAGACAGGUGUUAAAAACAUGAAAAAUAGUUAAAUAACUGUUCUGUGGAAAAAAAGACGUGGUUCUAUGUGCAAAAAAUAUAAGACAUAUACCAAAAUCCCCCACAUAUUUGAAUUUAAAAGGAAAAAAAAGGGAGAAAAAAGACAGGAAAGAGAGAAAGAAAAAUUUCCCUCUCUCUUGUACACUUAUCCUGCAUAAACAAUAAAACCUGGGGAGGAAAAAGUGUCUUGUGUAAUAAGUGUGAAGAAGAAGAAGGAGAAGAAAUGAAAUCACUAUUGCCUCAGUUCUUGCCUUUUAACCAUUGACAAUGUCCAAAAAAAAGUCUAACGUUAAGUCACAUUCAGCCCUUUGCUUUGGGUGUCUCUUAGCCCUUCAGAAUGAGGCUUGUGAACAAUUGUCAUCACAGCAGCUCCUAGUCGUGAAAUACCUGCAGAUUACUAUGUAUAUACUGAUACUUGAACCACAUUCGUUAUGCCAUAAGGAAGUGUCUUCAACCAGGACAUUUGUAUGGUUUCACUAUAUCCAAACCUGGGUAGGCCUGCUGCGGAGUUUUAUUUUUAAUUUUGUUUCCCCAGGUUACUUCAGCCUUUACCCUCUGUCCCCCCCCGUUUACCCCACACCUACAGUCCAUGCCAUAGAUGGUGCUGCAUCGUAACUGUCACUGACAUGAACAGAAGUCUAGUCUGUAUAUUACAAUCUACUGCCAAAGGAAUUAGGGUGGGAUGUGCAAAGCAAGUUGUACAUAUAAAAACAACAGGGAAAAGGGAAAAAAUAUGUAUGAAAGAGGACACAUUUUUAUUGCAAGGGUAUUUGAUUUUUUUCAUUAUUAUUAUUUAUCUUUUGAUCAGUUUCUAAAGAUGUCCUAAACUGUGAGGAAAGGAGUUUUUAUUGAUGCCGGGUAAAAAAUUUUGACUUGGAAAAAUUAAAGAAGUAAAAUGAAAAGGUUAGAUGGAAUACACACGUCAUGCAGUAGUAAUAAAGAUUAAGGUCUGGGAAUAUUCAAUGGUGAAUUUUUUUCUUUUUGUUUCCUUUUUUUUCUUUUACCUAUUAAGUCUUGUCAUUGAGUUAUUUACGUAAAGCCAGUUCAAACAAAAUCAUCAGUUGAAAUAAAUUGCUCACAGUUUCAGGAGAAUAUUUUUAGGUAUUAUAUGGAGAACUUAAAAGAGGAUUUCUUAUAUGACUGAAAAGAUUGCCUAUGUAUCGUUUUUGCAUUAUUUGGAAUGUAUGUAUGGCUAUGCACAUGCAUACAAACAAACGCAAACAAAUAAAUAAACACAGACAUAUGCUUGAAGUUUUUGCACAUAUACAUUUUUAUGUACUAUAUGUAUUCACAUAUAAAUGCACACACACUCUCAAACACAUGUACAGUAAAGGGACAGACACUCGUCCCUUCCCUACACACAUGCAAAGAAAUAUCUACAAAUGUUUAUCUAUAUAGGUAUGUCUGCUUUAUAAAUAAUAGAUGCUGUGUGGAGCAGAUGGUUAAAAUCACAGGUCUUCAUCAGUUCCUUUUUACAUAAAAAAAAAGAAAAAAAGAACAAAAAUAAGAUGAAGGAAUGAAGUCAAAGAAAAUCUGACCUGCGAGUUUGCUGCUACCAACUCACAGGAUGCAGGGUUCAUCCUGAUGGCCCAUUAGUUUUGCAAACAAAGUCAAGAUGCUUUGCUGUAUUGCUAUAAACAAAUGGGCUGAAGUGACAAGGUCAGCUUCAGUCAUGUCAUUGCAUAGCAUCAAAAGAAUGAAUAUUCCACUUUUAUCCACAUUUCUAUGAAUCACUAUUGGCAGCGAUGAGGUUGCUGUUUCACACGUGCGCAGAGGCAUAUGCACAUGCACACACAUACACACACACACAGACAAGUAUGCAUAUAUUAUCAAGGAAAAGUAAUAAGAAAUGUUAUUUUUUAUCCUUUUUUAAAUUGUGUAUUGGAUAUAAGCCACAUUGCAUUGCAUCGUGUAUAAAAAUUUCCCAAAUUUAAGAUCCCUCUGAUCGGGAAACUGACCUCGGGGAAGGAAAGAGGG